AUGUAUGACAACCAAGCAAUUUAUGCAGUUGAUGAAUUGAAUCAACAGGCUUAUACAUCGUAUGUUAUAACUCCAACACUUACCAAAUAUUCAUUUGCAAUGAAGAAUUCCACUUUUGCAAUUCUUGAUUCACCAGAAUCGAAAAAGACUCUUCAUCAAACAGUUCUUCAAUAUGAAUUGAUUCAUUCAAAGGAUGAUUCACGAGAUAAAGAUUAUUGGUAUGCAAAUGAAAUAUGUGAAAUUUAUACUGGUGAAAAAUUUCCUUGUCAAGAAAUUUAUUUCAAGAAAAAUAUAGAUAUACCUCUAAGAACAGCUCAAGUUGUUCAUCAAGCAUGGGAUUUAUUUCAUGAAACAACACAUUAUAAGAUCAUAUCCAUUGGCAAACCAGAUGAAAGGAUAUUCAAUAGAAUUCCAACAAAUUGGGCUUAUAAUUGCACCGAUGUUAUGCUUAGUCUUAGUUACAAUGCACAAAUAUUAACAAUUAAAUUGACUAAAGACUCGACAGUGGACGUUUAA